UAUCGCGCAUGUGCGGACAUUGCCAAUUGUUCGCGAGUCUCGUCACAAGUAGAGUCUGGAGAUAAAUAACUUUUUCCGCUCGUCGAGCACGCAGGGACAAAGGUAGAACAGGAGAGGGAGAAUUCAUUGGAUUUCUUGGUAGAAAACUGUUUUUCCGUGUGCUGAGGGCCGGCGGCCGAGUGAUGCACGCAUAUGUCUAGGCUCGGAGGAACUCAGGUUCUGGCCACAGUACAGGUGAAGAGAACGGCCGCUGAUCACGCAGCGGUGGUAAACUUCGGUGCUGCAAAGCGCAGCAAGCUGUCCGCCGUUGCGGUCACGGAGAUCAACGAGAUCGAAAACAUGACGGAUACGGCCGCGGCCACCACUGAUACUCAGAAGAGAGCCAAUUUCUCGGCAUUGACCAUCGGCAAUCCGAACGGCGUCAACAAGAUAUCAUCGAGUUUGGCGAGUGCGAAACCAGGCACAGCUAGAAAGCUCGUCAUCAAAAACUUCAAAAAUAAACCAAAAUUACCAGAAAAUUAUCAGGAGCAAACAUGGGAGAAAUUGCAAGAGGCUGUAAUCGCGAUACAAACCAGCAAGAGUAUCCGUUAUUCAUUAGAAGAACUUUAUCAGGCAGUUGAAAAUAUGUGUAAUCAUAAAAUGGCAUCUACGUUAUACACAAAACUCACAAGGUUAACAGAAGCCCAUGUCCAGGCUAACAUAGAACAGUUCUUAGCAGAAUCCAUGGACAGGCAUAUAUUCUUGAAAAAAAUGAACGAAUGCUGGCAGUCGCAUUGUAGACAAAUGAUUAUGAUUAGGAGUAUUUUUCUAUACCUGGAUAGGACAUAUGUAUUACAAAAUCCAAGUAUUUUAUCCAUAUGGGAUAUGGGAUUGCACUUGUUUAGAGUAUAUAUUGUUCUAAACAAUUUAGUUCAAACACGUACAGUAGAAGGACUACUUAUGCUCAUAGAAAAAGAGCGGCAAGGCGACACAGUAGACAGAACGCUUCUUAAAUCAUUAUUACGGAUGUUAUCAGAUUUACAAAUUUACCAAGAUGCCUUUGAAACUAAAUUUCUGGUAGCCACGGAAAGACUGUAUGCUGCUGAAGGUCAGCGAUUGAUGAACGAACACGAUGUUCCUGAGUACUUAGCACACGUGGACAAACGGUUACAGGAAGAAAAUGAACGAUUGUUACACUACCUUGACGCAUCUACAAAGUGGUCACUAAUACACACAGUAGAAAAACAAUUACUGUCUGAACAUAUUAGCAGCAUUUUACAGAAAGGAUUAAGUGGUCUAUUGGAUGAAAAUAGAAUUAGUGAUUUAUCUUUACUUUAUAAUUUAUAUAGUCGAGUGAAAAAUGGCCUUGUAGAACUUUGUUUGAAUUUUAAUUCGUAUAUAAAGAAAAAAGGUAAAACCAUAGUCAUAGAUCCAGAAAAAGAUAAGACUAUGGUUCAGGAGCUUCUAGAUUUCAAAGACAAAAUGGACAAUAUAGUUAAUACGUGUUUUCAUAGAAAUGAAAAGUUUGCAAAUAGUUUAAAAGAAGCUUUUGAAGCUUUUAUUAAUCAACGAGCAAAUAAACCAGCUGAAUUAAUAGCAAAGUUUGUCGACUGCAAAUUGAGAGCAGGUAACAAAGAAGCGACAGAAGAAGAAUUAGAGAGAUUAUUAGAUAAAAUUAUGGUACUGUUUAGAUUUAUACAUGGAAAAGAUGUAUUUGAAGCUUUUUAUAAAAAAGAUUUGGCCAAACGUUUAUUAGUGGGUAAAUCGGCUUCCGUUGACUCUGAAAAAUCCAUGUUAUCCAAAUUAAAACAAGAAUGUGGAGGUGGAUUCACCAGUAAAUUAGAAGGAAUGUUUAAAGAUAUGGAACUCAGCAAAGAUAUUAAUAUUGCUUUUAAACAAUACGCAGGAAAUCUACAAAAUGAAUUGUCUGCUAGUAAUUUGGAUUUAACUGUUUCAAUACUUACAAUGGGUUACUGGCCAACAUAUCCUGUAAUGGAAGUAACAUUACCACCAGAAAUGGUUCAGUACCAAGAUGUAUUUAAUAAAUUUUAUUUGGGAAAGCACAGUGGUAGGAAAUUGCAAUGGCAACCUACACUGGGUCAUUGUGUAUUGAAAGCUUGGUUUAAUCAGGGUAACAAGGAGCUUCAAGUGUCGUUGUUUCAAGCAUUGGUGUUAAUUAUGUUUAACGAUUCUGACAAUUUAUCUUUGGAAGAUAUAAAGGCAGCAACAAAUAUAGAAGACGGCGAACUUAGGAGAACUUUACAGUCUUUGGCUUGUGGGAAAGCUAGAGUAUUGCAAAAAAAUCCACGAGGAAGGGAUGUUGCAGACAAUGAUAGAUUUGUGUUUAACGCAGACUUUACAAACAAGUUGUUUAGAAUUAAAAUAAAUCAAAUUCAAAUGAAAGAAACGAACGAAGAACAGAAAGCUACGGAAGAGAGAGUCUAUCAAGAUAGACAGUACCAAAUAGAUGCAGCUAUUGUAAGAAUUAUGAAAAUGAGGAAAACACUCACGCACAAUCUGUUGAUUAGCGAACUAUACAAUCAAUUAAAGUUCCCCGUAAAGCCUGCUGAUUUAAAAAAGAGAAUUGAAUCUCUUAUAGAUAGGGAUUACAUGGAGCGAGAUAAAGAUAAUGCAAACGAGUAUAACUAUGUUGCGUAACCUGAACCAAACGUCGAAGUCAUUUCAGACUGGGUUGAUGCUAUGUUUUGUAGCAAAAGGAACCAAUUUGUUUUGGUAUUUGCCUACUGUGAAUGUGACAUAUUGAAGAGAAGAAACGAGGAACUUUUAACUGAUUGACUGUCAGCAUAAUGUUGCAGCAUGCAGAUCAGUUGAUUCAAAAAAAAAAAAAAGAGUUAGAGUGGACCUCAUUGUUUUGGUUUUUGUAGUGCGUAAUGGACACUGGAUUAAUAAGAUCUCCUUUAAACAGUGCUUUACUGUUAUUCUUGUGUUGUUUCUGGAUUUCGCUAAAAAGGACCAUGUGCAAAAUGUCUUCAAUGGUACAGCAUUUAAAAUAUAUCAAUUUUUUAUCCAGAACAGUUUUUCACAGCAUAUUAAAAAUUUAAGAAGAUAAUGUAGUAAGGAUAUUCUAAGAAUAAAAAUACAAUGUAUCGUUUGAUUGAAAGUGAACAAGAAUCCAUUACUUAUGGCAAAUAUAAAAUAGUAUAUUGUGGAUAUAGAAUCUAGUGAUUACCAAAACCAUGUUGAACAAACGGAAAACACAUUACGAAGUAAAGGUUUGUGUAUUUAAUUAUCAUUCUGAUAUACGGAAAAUAUUUAUUUUGUCCCAGAAUUUUUUUAAUGUUUCCGAAAAAAGACGUGCAACGUCAUACGCGCAUUCUAAAAAAAUAUGAAAGCCACAAAGUUUAAGAAAUCUUAUCGGAGAUAUAAUAUGUAUUUCUGUAAUAAAUUUGUGUAUAUUACCUUAUAAUACAGAGUUUAUAAAUAAUAAGAAAUGUUGUACAAAUAAGAUCCAUUUUCAUCAAAACAAUAGUAAAGCAAUACAUGUAAGGUUAUGAUGACUUUAAAAAUAAUAUGAAGCACUUUUUAAAUAUCGCGGAAUUCGUAAACUAUUUAUACUGUAAACGAUAUUGUCUGAUAGGGUUUUAUGUACAAAUAGAUAAUUUCUACAUGUCUUUUAAAAUUACACAUUAUUAGUUUUUACGAUAUUAUAAUAAUAAAAUUAUUAAUUACAAAAUGUAAUAGAAGUGUUUCAUAUUAUUAUAUGAUGAAAAUACUCUGCCAUUAGCUUUACGAUUUUCACUACAAAAUUACAAUAUUAAGAUUAAACACAAAUAUAAAUAAU